UUUGGUUUUGACUCUCCCCCCGCCCCCAGCAGCGCUCGCCGUGUCAGCCGUGAGAAGCUCCGUUCAGCUCCGAGCCCGGCCCCGUGGGCCUCCCAGCACCAGGAUGGUUUCCUUCAUCUUCUGCCUUCUCCCUGCUCUCCUAGCUACAAUGAGUGCACAAGCUGAGAACCUGACAUGUGACACAUGCUUUGGUCAAACGGAGAACUGCGAGUUUGCUCCAGGAACCUGCCAAGACAACAAGGCUACUGGUGGCUGCCUCUCCGUGGCGGAAGAUAUUAAACUGAAUGGAACACAGCACACAUACUUCUACAAACAGUGUCUGAGUAGCUAUAAGAGUGACAUCAAAGUCCCCAUCUCCUUCAGUGUUGGGAACGGCAAUUACGUGAGGAUCACCAACACACAAUGCAACGACACAGAUAAAUGUAACUUGGCUGUACUUCGAGUGCCCACAGGGAGCACCACCAUGAACGGGCUGCAGUGCCCAACCUGCUUCGCUCUGAACUUCGAUUCCUGCAACAGCUCAGUCACCCCUUGUACCGGGAAUGAGACCUACUGCAUCGAUUUUGUUGGGUUUCUAUACAAAGGUAAAUGCUGCCAGCCGGCUGCAGUCACCACCACCCCUACUACAACCAUCACCACCACCCCCAAUCCCACCCAAACAACCUGCGGUGGGGUCAGCCUGGCACUGGGGAAAUUCUCCUUUGCCCUCUACCUGCCUGGCCUGACUGGGCUGCUGCUAGUGAAGCUGCUCUCCUGACCCCCGUCUUGCACG